AACUUUUUAUGAUGAAUGAACAAGACGAAAUGCACGACGAAGACACGCUUGAAAUAGCAUCAAAAACGUGGAAAAGGUCAAUGAAUGCAGUCUCCACGCAAGGAUUUCGAGAGGGGAGAGAAGAUGGAUCGAUGUCAGUUUAUCAAGAAGGUUUUGAUAAAGGAUAUGUAGACGCAUUCAAAAUUUCGUUUAUAUUAGGUGCUUACAAAGGAUUUUUAAAACAGUUAGGCAAAGAUGUCGAGUUUCCGGAAGAAAUAAAAAUAAUAUUGGAUCAAAGUAAGAAAGGAAUGUGUUACUUAUGUGCGAAUGAAUCCACAAAACCACUUGAUGGGUACAAAAAUAUUGAUGAAAUUCGUAAUUGUCAAAGAGAACAUGCUCAAAAGAUAAUUAAAAUUAUAAAAGAUAUCAUGGAUCCCUUAUUAAAUGAAUCAAAAAUUGACGUUACAUCCUUAUAUUUGAAUCUGUGACAUUUUUAAUGUUCUAUUAUGUA